UAGGGUCAUCACACAGGAAUAACGUGCAGAGCUAACCACUCCCAGAGCGGGAGGUCUACUCUGUCCCCUCAGCUCUGGGCAGCGCAAACGCACAGCACAGAUGUUUGUUGAGUGACCGAACGCUCACCGCUGGCAACCAGAGAAAUGCACGUUAAGACAAUGGCAUACCACACUACACGUAUCAGACUGGCAAAAAAGAAAAAGCAAAUAAAAUAUCCUGUAUCGGGCACUGUCGCGUGCAGUGGGGAGAGUGUGAAUUGUGACGGCACAAAACUGAAAACAGCAGACACGUGUGUCACUGGGGCUCGCUCAAUACGCAGGCGCUGAGUGCCGUGAGUCGGUUUCUCACCCGGAGCGAGCGGCCUGGAGGGCGGAUCCGCGCCACCCGGGGCCCAGCACGCGUCUAGUGUGAACAGCCACAGUCCACCGACUCUGAUGGCAUCUGUUUUUGCAAGUGGGAUGACGCAGCAAGACGACCUUCAAAAGAUGCCGGCACCUUGAGGUCUUGGAAAAUGGACUUCUCAGCCUCCAGAACUGUGAGGAAUAGAUUUCUUUUCUUCAUAAAUUACCCAGUCUCUGGUAUUCUGUGAUAGCAACACUAAGCAGACUAAGACACUUGGGAUAUUGGACUAUGAUGUGCCUGGAUGUGUUUUCCUUUGUAUUCAUCCUACUUGGGGCUGUACAACUCCAAACUUCUUGGGAUGCGGCUGCAGAGACCGGCGGCGAUCAGUUUACUAACGCAACAAGCGGACCCUUCCGUGUGCCAGAGACUUGGAGGAGCUGCCAGCCCAGGGGGCCGCGGACCAGAAGACCCAAAGCCCCUGCCCAGAGCAGCGUGUCGCUGUUCCCCGUGACCAUGAAACCCCAGGGCUCCACGUUGCUGGUGGCCUGCCUUGGCGUCCUGAGCUGCGUGCAGGCUGAGUUCUUCACCUCCAUCGGGCACAUGACGGACCUGAUUUAUGCAGAGAAGGACCUGGUGCAGUCUCUGAAGGAGUACAUCCUCGCAGAGGAGGCCAAGCUCGCCAAGAUUAAGAGCUGGGCCAACAAAAUGGAAGCCCUGACUAGCAAGUCGGCUGCCGACCCCGAGGGCUACCUGGCCCACCCCGUGAACGCCUACAAACUGGUGAAGCGGCUGAACACAGACUGGCCUGCGCUGGAGGACCUUGUCCUACAGGACUCGGCUGCAGGUUUCAUCGCCAACUUCUCCGUGCAGCGGCAGUUCUUUCCCACUGACGAGGACGAGAUGGGAGCCGCCAAGGCCCUGAUGAGACUUCAGGACACGUACAGGCUGGACCCGGGCACGAUCUCCAGAGGGGAGCUUCCAGGGACCAAGUACCAGGCGGUGCUGAGCGUGGACGACUGCUUUGGGAUGGGCCGCUCGGCCUACAACGAGGGGGACUACUACCACACGGUGCUGUGGAUGGAGCAGGUGCUGAAGCAGCUGGACGCUGGGGAAGAGGCCACCACGGCCAAGGCGCAGGUGCUGGACUACCUCAGCUACGCCGUCUUCCAGCUGGGCGACCUGCACCGCGCCCUGGAGCUCACCCGCCGCCUGCUCUCCCUGGACCCGAGCCACGAACGGGCUGGCGGGAAUCUGCGGUACUUUGAGCGGCUGUUGGAGGAAGAAAGAGAAAAGACGUCAUCGAAUCAGACGGAAGCUGAGCUCGUGGCCCUGGACGGCGUCUACGAGCGGCCGGUGGACUACCUGCCCGAGCGGGAGGUGUACGAGAGCCUGUGCCGCGGGGAGGGCGUCAAGCUGACGCCCCGCAGGCAGAAGCGGCUCUUCUGCAGGUAUCACCACGGCAACGGGGCCCCGCAGCUGCUCAUUGCGCCCUUCAAGGAGGAGGACGAGUGGGACAGCCCCCACAUCGUCAGGUACUACGACGUCAUGUCCGACGAGGAGAUCGAGAGGAUCAAGGAGAUCGCAAAGCCCAAGCUCGCACGAGCCACCGUUCGUGACCCCAAGACAGGUGUCCUCACCGUUGCCAGCUACAGGGUUUCCAAAAGCUCCUGGCUGGAGGAGGACGACGACCCCGUUGUGGCCCGUGUGAACCGGCGGAUGCAGCACAUCACGGGGCUCACGGUGCAGACUGCAGAGUUGCUGCAGGUUGCCAAUUACGGAAUGGGAGGACAGUACGAGCCACACUUUGACUUCUCCAGGAACCAUGAGCGAGAUGCUUUCAAGCGUUUAGGGACGGGGAACCGUGUGGCCACGUUCUUGAACUACAUGAGCGAUGUCGAAGCCGGUGGAGCCACCGUCUUCCCUGAUCUGGGGGCUGCGAUUUGGCCCAAGAAGGGGACAGCCGUGUUCUGGUACAACCUCCUGCGCAGCGGGGAAGGCGACUACCGGACAAGGCAUGCCGCCUGCCCGGUGCUCGUGGGCUGCAAGUGGGUCUCCAAUAAGUGGUUCCAUGAACGAGGACAGGAGUUCUUGAGGCCGUGUGGAUCCACGGAAGUUGACUGACGUCACUUUCUGUCCUUCCCCUUCCUUGCCUCACAGCCCAUGUCGUCUUCAAGUUCAGCGUGACAGACACCUUUGUAUGUUCCAGUUCUCAGGCGUGUCUCUGGAGGAGUCAGUGUUUGGAGCAGAGGGGACCGUGUUGGGACAGGUCAUGUAUGACCAGGGUCCCAGCCUCUCUGCUCAGCCUGUGCCAUCCCUGGCCUGGAGGCCAGAGUCCGAGCGGCCACAGCAGAGUGAGGCUGUUCAGCACCUGGCCAGGUGCCUUUGUACCUCAGUUGUAUAGGCGUGAGAUGUUCCAGUGAACCAAAGUGCUGAUGCCUUGUUUACAUGUUUGUUUUUAUGGCAUUUCUAUUGAUUGUGGCUUUAACCAAAAAAUAAAAUGUCCCUGCCAGAAGCCUUAAA